AUGUGUGCACGAAUACACUACAAUAUAGAUUUGAAUGUUUUGAAAAAUAAGUAUAACUGCAAAAAGGUGGUUAAUGAUGACAAGAAAAAUUAUAUACCAAUCAUAUUUGAAAGCAUUGAAAAAUCUAUAGCAGAUGAAGAAAAGUCACCUCAAAAAAUAAAAAUAAUACAAGUAUGUUUAUGGGGAAUAAAUCCAUUUACUUACGGAAAAUUUGAUAAGGAUAUUGCUUUGAUUAAUGCUAGACUAGAAACGUUGCAUGAGAAAAAAUCCUUCAAUGUUUUAAUAAAUAAAAAUAGAUGCGCUGUCAUAGUUAAUGGCUAUUUCGAAUGGAUUAGCAGUGAAAGCUCCACAAAAAAGGUACCUUAUUAUAUAUUUAAUGGAAAAAGCCAGAGUAAAACUCCCCCAACCGUAAAAGACGAAGAAGUAGGUGAUAAAGUUAAAAAAGAAGAAAAAGAGGAAAAAGAAGAUCUAGCGCAAAAUAUUAAAACCGAAGUGAAAAAUGAUGAAGAAGUUAGAAGCAAUGAGGAUACCAUAGAGUCAAUAUAUAAUAAUUCUCAUAAGAGGAAAAAAGUAGUAAAAGAAGAAUCUGCAACAAAAAAAAUAAAAACAGAAUUGUCAAGUGAAGCAGAACACGAAGAAACGCAUUCCUUUAUUAUACUUGCUGGUUUAUAUAGUAUAUCGAAUAAGGAUAAAAGUGAUUGUAGGAACACGAUAAUUACAACUUCAAGUGAAAAUACCAACUUAAAGGAUAUUCAUGAAAGAUGCCCCCUUUUGCUAAGUGAAAAUUCCCUUUAUUUAUGGCUAGACACGGAGAAAAAUUACUCAGAUAUAAUAGAAAAAAUUAAAGAGGAACAUAUAGAAGUUUGCAACAACUUGAAAUAUAGGGAAGUUCAAAAUUGGAAAGAUUAUUCAAAUUACCAAAAAGAAGAAAAAGAUGAUUCCAUUUUAAAAUAUAUGAAGAAAUGA